GUACAAUCAAGCAUAAUAACCAGCAUUUCCGAUUUCAAAAACCUACCUGUAUGUUUUGAGCCGCUGUGCACUGAUCUCAACCAACCGAAAAACUCAAAGACAGCCGGAAAACGCAGGCGAGGUUGUUCGUUGUGGGGAAUCAGACUGCCACAAACAGUGAGAAACAAACUCCAGGCAACAUUUCAAACUUAAUCAUCAAAGUAAAUCAUAUGUGAAGUUCAUUAACAUACUAUCAAAGUUGAAACACAUAAAAGACAUUGUGACAAUUAAAAAGUUGAGUAUACAACACUACUUGGUACUCCUUAUUACUCUACUAUUCUUAUUUGAUCACUUUGCAAAGUUUAAGUUCUUAUUUUUCUUUUAACCUAAGCAAAAUAUGCCGCAGCCUCUGUAACUCGACAAAGCCACAGUUUCAGGUUCAGACUAGCUAUGUUAUGCAGUGCAGACUAAAAAAUGGAGGCAUUAGUAGCUUGUUAUGGUGAUGGAUCUUCUGAUUCUGAUUCAGACUCUGAAUCUUCACCUUCAAAUCCAUCUUUAGCUUACUCAGAAGGACAAGCGCUGUUGCCAACCCGAUCAACAGACGUUCGGGAACCGUUUUCUGAAGUAUGUGUCCAGCCCUUGCCACCACCUCCAAUUGCACUCCUUCAUCCUCCAAAUUUUCUCGGGCCUCAAGAUAUGCAGAUACAUCAGACAAAUAAAGUUAGGAGCUUCCCUCAUGUUGAUGGUAACUAUGCCUUACAUGUAUAUAUACCAAUUAAUAUUUCAUCUCCAUCGAAAAAAGAACUAGCUGCUUUCUUGAAGAAAAUCUCAUCUCAGGAACCAAGUCUUCAUGUUGUUGAUGUUGAUGUCCCACUUAACAUCCUCUGCAAAAAUGAUGAGAAACUCGAACAAGUUGCAUUAGGACGAGAGUUUCACAUAAGUUUGGGAAGAACUGUUCCAUUACGAGUACAUCAAAUUGACUCAGUGGUCUCAAUGCUAAGAAACAAACUUCAAACUCAACAACACAGUUAUUGGAUUGACUUUAACAACUGGGAGGUUUUUGUUAACGAUGAUCGAACACGUACCUUCCUUUCAGUAGAAGUUGUUCAUGGUGGACUUGUAGAGAUCCGGAAGCAAAUUGAAGCAGUCAAUGCAAUUUACAGGCUUCAUAAUCUACCUGAAUUUUACGAGGAUCCGCGUCCUCACAUUUCCUUAGCAUGGUCACUGGGCAACACCAGCGAUUCCCUAAAAAAAGUUGUGGGUGAGGAAAUGAAGAAAUCUGUCACUGGAAAAUCUUUGAAGAAGUGUGUUUUUACAUGUAAGUUCAGAGGUAUCGAGUGUAAGAUUGGUAAUAAAACAUACACAAUAUGUAAAGUUUCAGAUAGAUGAUAAUGUGAAUGGUUUAUGUAAGAAUAUCAAACUCAAGUUUGAGUUAGAUGAAUUUGACAUGUAAACUCUAUGAAAUUUCAUCGAAUUUACAUCAUAUGAAAAUUUAUAUAUUAUUUGAAAUA